AUAUAUAUAUAUAUAUAUCAGAAAAUACACAAGCAAAAUUGAAGGAAAAAAUGAACAACGAUGACAAGGGUUUGCUGUGGAAGCUUCCGGUGGUGAGGUCCAGCAGUUUUGGAAAAAUGGGCCCCGGAUUCGGUGUUGGUGCAGGCUGUGGUGUUGGAUUCGGCCUUGGUCUUCUCGGAGGAGUUGGUUUUGGUCCUGGAAUUCCUGGCAUGCAAGUUGGUUUCGGAUUUGGUGCUGGAUGUGGUGUUGGUUUAGGAUUUGGUUAUGGCAUUGGGAAGGGAAUUGCACAAGAUGAGUAUAGAAGGUACUCUAAUGUCGGAAAUCCUUUUCGUAGUUCCGGAAAUCCUUUUCGUGGUGCUCGAAGCGUUAUUUCCGAAGAUGAUAUUACUGGACUUGUGGAUGACAUUGUCAUAAAUACUAAAAAGCUUAUCAAGGCAACAUCAAGAGAAAUUGACAAGUGGAGAAGAUGAUGAAAUAAUCCAUUUAUUUUUUCAUGUAAAUUGUAUCUUUGCUGGUAAUUUAGACUAAAUUGCGAUAAACUUUUUGCGUGUCAACAUAGUUGGAAUUCCUCUAUCGUUAGCGACUCCACAUAAAAAAAAAACAUGUCAAAGAGUUGGAGCAGCAGGACAUGGUGAGAUAGUAAAGUUUCAUAUUGAUUGUAAAAUUUCAUAUUCUAGGGUUUGGUCUCUUUCCAAAAACA